AUGGCUCCUCCCCCCGCUCCUCCCCUUCCCUCGGCCAAGGUUGUUGGAAUAGCAUCCAAUGCUUUUCUGCAGCCACCGCUGUCAAGAAGAGGCCAUGGCCCUGGUAUCGUUAUAGUCGAUGCCGGAGUCCCAAGCGCCGAGUCCUCGGACACGAUAGAUCCUUUACCGCAGAAGAAGUGGGCUGAGGAAGGCUAUGCCGUCGCGAGGAUCACGUACCAAAAGGAUAUUCAAGCCGAAUGGGCCAUCGAUUCCGCACUCGAGAAGGCAGCUGAUGCCCUUGCCAAUCUGGAGUCUUGUGAUACAAAAGACAAGUUCGCUCUCAUUGUCUAUGGCAACCCUUCAGAGUACCCGGCUGGUUUUGUUUCCAAGUUGCAAACUGCCUAUAAGUCCUCAUCCAGGAUCGUGGCAGCUACCUCGUUCUCCACCGAGUGGGACUUAUCUUUCAAGCCAGAACUUGUUCACAUCGCGGGUAAGGGAGCAGACGUAUCGCGGGAAAAUACGACUAUAUACGCGUACCCCAAUGUCGUGUCGGCUUCUUUUAUUCUUCCGGGUGCCACUGAUUUCCUGUACUCGGCAGCGUCCGUAGCUCACACCCGCGGUGUUACGUUCGUCAAGAAGCACCUAGGCGGACCCAACUUCGACCUGGAGAAGAUCUGGGACGAGCACACGUACUAUGAGUUCGAGAACAGAUCGGUGGAGAACACCAUGGCAACCAUGGUCGACGAGCCCUACGUCAACCACAUUCCUACCAUAACUGGCGGCGUGGGUCGUGAGAGGUUGACGACCUUUUACCGCCACCAUUUCAUCUUCAGCAACCCGGAAGAUACCGAGCUAGAGCUCGUGAGUCGAACCAUUGGUGUGGACAGAAUUGUGGAUGAAUUCGUAUUCUGCAUGACACACAAUGCGAAGGUUGACUGGCUACUUCCUGGAGUUCCACCUACGGGAAAGAAGUUGCGUCUUCCCUUUACCUCUAUUGUCAACAUUCGAGGUGAUCGCCUCUACCACGAGCAUAUUUCUUGGGAUCAGACCACCGCCCUUAUUCAGUGCGGCCUUCUGCCUGAGUACCUGCCAUUCCCUUACCCGCUUGAGGAUGGGAGGACACCGGCACCUGGAAAGAAGUUCGAGUACCGCGUUCCCGGUGCUGGCUGGGAUGUACCGGCAAAGCUGAAGGACCAGGGCGCAGCACCGAGCAACGAGAUGUUCGAUUGGGAAGUGAGAGAAGUGGACGCAUAA